GAGAGAGAGAGAGAGAGAGAGAGAGAUUGUGUAGCGUGCAUGUGCGGCGCGUCUCACCUUUCAGUAUCGCGCGCGCUCCCCAGCUUUGGAUAACGUGCGUCAUUUGCAUUAACAUGGAGGGCUGCAUCCGCUGAGAAUCAGUGUUGUAGUUUUUGUUAUUUUUUUUAUUUGUCUUUAUUUUGUGGACGCUUUAAUUCCACGUCCGGGACAGUGUGAACUCCGCCCCGCCAGCACCUCCACCCCCAAACCUCUCUGGAGGGGAUUAGAAACACAAACCUGCUCGGUGAUGAAGGCUGGUCCUCUUCAACAUAAUGAUGGAUGAAGAAGUAGGAUGGGACUUUAAGUGGCGCCCACGUGGAGCCCUGACACAAAGGGCUGAGAGCAGCAAACUUGACCUCUUCUCAGGUAAAUGGAAGUGCAAGACAGGAGUCGCUCCCCUUCCCGCAAGACCAGCAGGGUGGAGCAGGUGGUGGGCAGAUUGCUGAGACGUUCACGGGAGUUGGGCAGCAGGUCUCAUUCGUUGGGCAGAGACAGAGUUGCAAUAGAUGGGAGGCCAGGAGAGUCCUCUGGCACAGAGGAGCGGAACUAUCCCUUUCGCUUGAAUGUUUUGAUCCAGCGGGACUCAAAGCUCAAAUCCCAUGGCCUCACACUUUCUUCCCAGACACCUAUCGUGGUUCAAGAAGUCACCCAAGGUGGUCCUGGAGAUGGCCGUCUUGUCCCUGGCGACCAGCUUGUGAAGAUCAAUAAUGUUGUUGUCGAUGACCUGACACCGGAGCAAGCAGCUGAAAUCAUCAGAGAGUGUCAAGAGUCAUUGUCUCUGACUAUACUCAGAACAAUGUUGGGCCCUAAGUCAUCAUUUAUCACGCCUGAGAAGAGGGCCAAGCUCAAGUCCAAUCCUGUAAAAGUUCGCUUUGCUGAGGAGGUGGAGUUCAAUGGGCACGCUCAGGGCAACUCACUGCUAUUCCUGCCUAAUGUUCUGAAGGUAUAUCUGGAGAAUGGGCAAACCAAGGCUUUUAAAUUCGAGCCCAGCACAACAGUCAAGGAUAUUGUGAUGACGCUGAAGGAAAAACUUUCUCUGAGAAAUAUUGAACAUUUCUCCCUGAUGCUCGAGCAGCUGUACAGUGUCACUAAACUCCUUCUGCUACACGAUGAAGAGAAGAUACAGCAGGUGGUCCAGAAGAAGGAGUCCCGUGACUACAGAUGUCUAUUCCGUGUUUGUUUCAUCCCAAAACUAUCUGAGACUCUGCUACAAGAUGAUCCGUCUGCCUUUGAGUAUCUUUACUUGCAGGGAGUGAAUGAUGUCCUGCAAGAGCGUUUCGCAGUGGAAAUGAGGUGUAACACGGCUCUACGACUUGCCGCACUGCAAAUUCAGGAGAGAUUGGCGAGCUAUGGACUGUCCCCAAAGACCAGCCUGAAGAUAGUCACUAAAACGUGGGGUAUUGACAACUUUGUUUCAUCUACAUUGCUGAGAAACAUGCGAGAGAAAGAUUUGAUGAAGGCCAUUAGCUUCCAGCUGAAGAAGAGCCAAUCACAACACGAAUCCAAACAAAAGGGCCUGACAGUCAAUCAAGCGCGCAUCAAUUAUCUGGAAGAACUAAGUGAUCUCAAGUCUUAUGGCGGGAAAACCUUUAGUGCAACUAUGAUGCUCCAGGACAGAGAGUCCACAGUUACACUGUUGGUGGGCGCCCGUUAUGGAGUGAGUCAGGUGAUCAACCACAAACUGAGCAUCCUUUCCAACCUCACAGAGUUUAACAACAUCACACGCCUCGAGCUUGUUCCCGAGUCUGAAAAGGUCGGCUUGGUUAAAAUAUACCUGCAGGACAUUAUGCCGAUCACACUACUACUGGAGACAGCUGCAGCGAAAGAUAUGUCAUGCCUAAUAGCAGGAUACUGUCGAGUAUUCGUUGACCCCAAUGUCAACAUCUUUCCCUGGAUGGACGUCCUAAAAAAACACAGAGUGUCUGCUGAAGAGGGUUAUGUUUCACGUUGUGGUAGCGACUCGGACCACUCGUCCGACUUAGACAUGGAGCCGCCUGUCACCCAUCCGUCUUUCAAUGCCAAACGCCGCCCACGUGUCAGAUCCUCUUCAGAGCCAGAGGCAAGGAAAAGGCACGUCAGGAGAAACAAGCAUGACAGUGAAUGUAGAAAUAAAUCGUCAGACAAAAGGGAAAAAGACAAGAAUGAUGCUGAUACAAAAACAGAAAAUCAUCUAUCUGAGUAUGAGAAUGAGUGUAACAAACUGCUCAAGGAGAAAGCAGCUCAAAAUGUUGGACAACCAGAAAUGGAUUAUAGGAAACUUGAAAAUGAGCCACAGGAAUCUAGGUUGGGAAGUGGAAUACCAGAGGACCAACCAUCACAAUCAGAUUCAUGUCAUACUGACUCUCGUGUUGUUACCAGCCCUUCCAGUGAUUCUCUCGACCUCCUCGAGGAAGAUGACUUGAUUUCAUGCUCCUCUUCCUCUUUGCUUCCAAUUGUGUCAACACAAAAUCAUGCUCAAAUUGAUUCACCCCUUGAAAUUCAUCCCUAUGCUCCCCCACACUCUGAAGCCAACUCACUGGUUCCUCCACCUGCUCAUUCCCAUCCUCUUCUUCACUUGACAUCCUACAAUAGUGAUGAAGGGGACAACAGAAGGCCUGAUGACCUAGUUGAUGCCCAACAUUUGAAAGCUGCCCCCAUCUCACUUGACAUACACCUUACCAAUCAGUCCACCAGCUCUUACACUGAAGAGGACAGGAUAUGUUUCGCUGAGCUCUCUCGUCUUGUGGACUUCCUGCCGAGCCCUCCGGAAGCCAGUGACGAGGAAGAGGCUGAAGAGAAGAGCUUGAGGAAAAGGAAAAAUAUGGUGAUUGACAACAAAAUUUGUGAAGGUUAUGUUUCCAAACAAACAGGCAGGAAGAGCAGUAUUAAGGGACACCCACAGUCCCCGUCCUUGUCCUCAGCCUCUUCCCACUCAGAUUUUGUGUUUAACUUUGACCAGAGAGAUGCCAGCUGCUACUACAAACUCUGCUCCAACAUCACCCCUGACAGUGCUCGUAGCCUUUCCCAGCCUGUGAAUGAUACUCAGAAAGGAGAAAGAGAGAAGAGGGUGGAAGAGCAGCGUCAAGUUAACGAACAUGAGUCAGCUCCAGUCCUACAGCCACCACCCGGCUUUGGAGACAGCAGCUCCGAUGAGGAGUUCUUUGACGCCAGAGAUGGCUUCACGUCACCUGAUGACCCAACGUCAGGCAUGGAGCUAAAAGAUAAUAGCACUGAGAUGAAGUUGGAUUCUGUAAGCUCACUCGACCUGAGUGACAUCAGUGUCUCUAUGGCAGAUACAAAGACUGAUGAAAAAUCAGAGGAGGAGCAAAAACAAGACAAGAAAGGAAGUGGCAAGAAAACAUUGUAUGACCUGAGAAAAAGACACCGAAAGCGUCGUUCCUUCAUGGAAACCGAUUAUACCUCCAGGGUGUCGUAUCCAGAACCCCGCCCAACAUCGAUGCACGACCAGGCCCAUUCCACUCUCAGUAGCAACUUUGUGACCGAAAGUAGCAAUGCCCACAGACUGAGUUCUGAGCCUCAACCUUUAGAACAAACUGAUAAUCCAAGUUCUUCUGUACUGUACUCCAUGACUUAUUCUGAAGGGGAACCAGCACAGCUUGAGUCAAAACCCAUUCCCUCUUAUAGUGGAACCAAUGAGCAAACAAGUGACCUCCUGGAGUCAGGCACCAGGAACAGGAAACAAGAAAUGGAGAUGGAACCUGAUGCGAUGGAAUCAAAAUCUGUCAUAGAUCACAUUAAAAUAGUCGCCCCUUCCAUCACUGUUGUGCGAUGUCGGUUGGAUCCAGAAGCGAAGGAAAGUGCUGACUGUAGAGAUGAGAGACCAGAGACUGUAAAAGAUCAGGAGGAGGACGGAGAGAAAAAAACUGAGGAAGAAGAACAAUGUGUGACAGGGAAUGGCCCAUCCACUUCAGAUAAGCUCUUGUCGAAGGUUACUGAGAACCAAGACAAUUCAAAUGGUCCAAUGAACUGCAGUGAGGUCAAACCUUUCAUCAUGACUACAUGGCUGACAGAGUUGAAUGACAAAAGUGUUCACCCGAUUGCCCAUGUUCAAAAUUCACAUGCAGAGGAUGAUGGUACGCUUUUAUCAUUUUGCCCCCCACCACCUCCACCCCCAUCCCCUCUGCCCCCAAUGCCACUUUGUCACAAUUCCCAAAGUGGUUCCUUACCUAAAGAAUGCCCAGAAAGCCAGACCGAAACAUCUUCAUCCAACUCCGAGGAGAAACAAAAAGUCAACAGCUCACAGUUACAUUUAAAAAUUACACCAAGUGAAGAUGAACCUACUGAUAUGAUUACAGUAGCUAUGACUGCUUACGAUGAAGUCACUGACAGCAUGAAUUCUGAUGUUUUUGAUGAUAAUAACUUGUCAACUGCUUAUAUUGGUAACAAUGUUGACAAACAUGAUUGGACAACAGCUAUAACUUGCACCAUGGGUGUCGAUUCACCUACAGGCAAGGAUCAAUCUGAGAUUACUAUUCAAUGUCGCAACAAUUCAACCAUUUCCACCCAUAUGAAAAGUAAUGAAUACACUCACACUAUAAACUCCAUCACAACUAAACUCGGAGUUGCAACAAGUGUCAUCAAUCCUACAAUUAAUUCAGGGACUGGAUUAAAACCUGAUAUUUCAAAUGCUUUAUGCAUGGCUGAAACUAAUAGAGAAGAAUACACUUCUCCAAGUGUUGAUUCUAGCUCACUUCAAGCUAACACUGCCGUGGCCCAUGAUCCACCCAAAGAGCCAAUUCUGCCAACUCACUUCAUCUUCCAAUCCUGUUCCCCCAGCAUUAUGGGCCGUUUGUCUGCCUCCACCCUUCGAGGGAAGAUUCAAAUGUUACCUCUUUAUUUGUCACGUUCCCAAGAGACCCUUAACCAAGUUGGGUUGGAAAAUGAAGCCCAAAGUCCGAUUAGGGACGGUGAGGGCAACUUUCAUAUUUCACAUACUGUAAAUAACAUUCAUGAUGUCAAAGAAGUUAAAGAGACAACAACGGAGGAAAUGGAGUCAGAUGAUUCAGAUACAACUGUUACAGGAUCAGAGGUUGAGUGUGAGUUCUUUGUUGAAACAGCCUCAGCCAAUAACUCGACUGUAGAACUAAAGGAAACACCAGCCAAGGACUUAGUAGAUCACGAAACAGCAUCCUUACCUGUCCAGGUUGAACCUGAACCACAACAUAAAAAUAUAUUUCUCCCUGAAAUAUACGAGGAUACUCUGAAUCCAAUAACAGAGCCUCCAGUUUCCGCGUUGAGUAGCCUCCGAAGAGAUUUUAAUGUGGACACUCCUGGUCCUAUAAUUGUACCUCCAGAAUCAAAGAUGAGAGAUACAAAGCCUGAUGAAAGCAUACCAGGACAACAAGUAAGCACUCGCUCAACCCGCAGCCCUCCUUCGAUUGUGGUGACAACACAAAAUCUAAAUGGGCCGUGUCUGCAUUUUCAUAGUCAGUCACAAAUUGCGCAAAGGACCAGCAGUGACAGGCCCUUGAUGGGUCUUUGUAGGUCAGCAGAUCAGACAACAGACUCAUUGCACCCACUUUCUUCAGGCUGCAAGGUUUUUACCUUCUGGGAGGAUCCAUCCCAAGUAGGGGAGGAAGGGUCUACUCCAAACUUGAAACCCGAGAUUGGGUGCACAUCUGUGCUGACGUCCAGGUGUGAGUCACUAGUUGAAGGAUUAAAUACGGAUGCUUGCGGUUGCCCAGCAGUCUACACCAACUGCUUCAGCAGAGAGGGCAGUUUUGAUGAGGACUUGACCGUCUAUGAGUUCUCUUGCCAAGGCAGUGGCGAAACGCAAAAUUCAAGAUUACCUCUUCCACUCAUGACCGAUCCUCCAACAUCAUCUCUUCUUACAUCUUCUUCCAUAAACCCUCCCUACUAUCCACACAUUCUACCGUCCUCAGCAACGUCUGAGCUCAGUCCCCUCCUCUCACCUCUAUCUGAUGCAGAGUAUCUUCAUACUCAAACCCAAAAAGACACCAUUAAUCGCCUUAGAAAGCAACGUUACCCAGAAGCGCCCGCUGGCUUCCAAGUUUUACGUGCGGAUGUAGAUCAGCUCCUGUCUGUCCUGGAGAAUAGCAGUGCUGAUCGAUCUGUAGUUGGUCGAGGAGGUUUUCACCCUAGGGAAACGUGCGCUUCCCACUUUACGGAGAACAAGCAAAUGCUCCAAACUGAGGCAAGGCGGUUGACAACAUACUGCCAAGAAGUGGUUGUCAUUGGCCAGAGUCCAGAGAAAAUGCUCAACGCUCUGGCUGAUAGUUUCCGGACCCUGGUGGAGUUGGCUGGCGCAUGCAUAUGGUUUUCUAGUUGUGACAGGUGUAAACAAAGGAAUGCAGAAGCAGUUGCUGGUCUGCAGGACGUGGCCCGCUCAUUCAGGGACUUUUGUCUGGCAGCAGAGCGAGCCGGCAGAAAGCAUAGCUGCCAUGACCUGAGCACCAAGCUGCUAGCCAAACAGUGCACUGCACUCACUGCAUCUGUCUUCUGCCUCACUCAAAUCUUCCGUACUCUCACUGCACUGUGAGGCGGUAGGUAACAACCCGUGGUGCGAAACCUCAGCUGGCAUGGUUAUGGGUGGAAUGGUGAUGUGCAUGUUUUUACUGACUGUAUGAUGUGCACAACCCCAAAGGUUUGCCAGUAACCCACCUGCACUCUGCCUAAGCAAAUCUGCUUGCGUUACAGUGUAGAUUUGUACUAGAAUGUAUGUGUCAUUACGUUUAUCAAAUAAUUUCCCUGAUUAAUGCUACGAAAGUGUUUUAAGCAAGGAAUGUUUAGCACAGGUGUCAAACUCAGAUUGACCCACCACAUCAUUUUAUGUGGUUAAAAUACCAAAAUUGCAAAUUGUCUUCAAUUGUAAUCAUGUUAAGAUAUUGCAAUUUUUAUUUUUUUACCAGUUAAUCGUGUAAGUGUGAAUAGUUGUUUGUUUAUAUGUGCCCAGCGAUUGACUGGCAACCCGUUCAUGGUCAGCUGGGAUAGGCUCCUGCGUGCCUGCGACCCUCAUGAGUAAAAGCAGUUAAGAAAACGGAUAAAUGGAUAAUGUCCCUGGAUUCUGAUUUUAAAAACUAGUUAUCCAUUAGUUUAUUGUGUAUACGUAAUAAUAUGUUGUAAUCAAAAUGUUUAAUCUUCCUCCCAAGCUAUGAUGUGGUCCAUGAUAAAAAGUCUACCACACUGAUAAAGUGUAAGAACAUACUGUAUUUGUAAUUGUUUACAUACUUAGAUUUACUCGUUGGAGUUUUGGGUUGCUGUAGUGGUGGGCCUUUUACUUUUACUCUAAGAGCCAAAAAAAUUCAACAGUGUUAAAAAAACAAAUACAACACCAAAUGCUUCACAAAAUGUAUACGCAUACUACACAUUUUUGGAUGUUUUUACGUUGGCCAUAAUAUUUUGUUCAAUCUUAGAAUUUAAAACUUAGGGCCAAAAUAUUCAUAAAAAGGUGUGUACUGCAAGUUACAGGUAGUAUGUGUUUCCAUUUAGGGCUUUCGGUAAGACAUUUCUAGAAUGUUAUUGUUUACAAAACCAAAAACAGUGAAAUGUGCUUCUGUGAAAUUACUACACAGAUUAAGCCUACCAGUAUUUGUUUUGUGAUUUUUUUAACCAUUUUGCAAAAUGACUGCAUUAAUGAUUAACCUACUAUCAAAGUGAGGUUGUACAUUUAUUUAAAUGAUCUCUAAUUUAAUUGGUAUGACUUUGGAAAGAUUAAUAUCAUCAGUUAAGUAGUGGUUGCUUUUGCUACCUCCAGUUGAAAAUAAUGAUCUUGACUGUCAUGUUAGUCAACCAAUUUUUGAUUAAAAUUGAUAGCACUUUAGUGUGGGGGCCGAAGGAAUGACUAUUUGCUCAUUUUAACAACAAUGUCAUUAACACUAAGUGCAUUUGUAGGAUUGAUUUCCUAGUAUGGCAACAACUCUUGGCAACCUCGUGGACUGAAAAUAGUCAAUCGUUGAGCCCAAAUAGAGCAAGCAGUGACUAUUAAUUGUAUGCUUUUGCAAUAUUUAAUUAACAAAGAGCUCAAGGGGUUCAGAGAACACCAGUCACACUAUUCAGCCACUGGCUGUUUUGUGAUCUUGUGAUCUUAUUUAUUUGUCACAAAAUUGUAUGCAAAUUUGACUGGAGCAUGCCUAAAGAAUGUCUCAGCGCAGAGGGACUGGGAACAUAAUUGUAUACAAUGGCUCUUGUACCUGAAUACUGUAUUUCUAUAACUCCACUGUAAUAUAAUAGAGUCUGACUGAAACUGUUACUUUCAUAUUAAAGACAAAGUUUUUAUUGCUAUCAUAUGUGCUCCAGAAGCAUGCAGUUAAGCCAUACUAUGCGUCAUUGUAUCAGGGAUUGUGUCUGAAUGGCUGAAUGAUAAUUUAUUGCCCUUGCUUUGUACUGCUCUAUUGUACUAUUAAAAUUACAUUCAGAUGUU